AUGGCUACGAAUACAAAAGAAUCAAAAGGAAAAAAGACCAAAGAUGGAGAUAAAAAGUCAUCCAAAAAGGUUGAGGAAGUACAACAGCCGAUCGAAGAAGAACCACCAAUAACCGAAGCUGAAGAAAUAGUUGAAGAAGAAAUAACAGAAGUUGAUUCUGUUAAAGAAGAAGAACAGACAACCCCACCUGUAGAAAUCUACGAUGGCUCAAUUCUGACAGAUGUCAUCAUUGAAAGUUUUGAAGGAAGCAAGGUAAAUGGCAUGUUUGAAGGUGAAGGUUUCAUGAAAUUUAUUGAUGGACAUACUUACCAGGGUCACUUUUCCAAUGGCUUGAUGCAUGGACAUGGAUGUUACAAAUGGGUUGAUGGUGUCACUUAUGAGGGUGAUUUUGAUCAAAAUCACAUUUCUGGGAAAGGUCUGUACACAUAUCCAGAUGGCAGCACUUAUGAAGGAGAAGUUUUGGAUGGCAAGCGACAUGGAUAUGGAGUCUACAGACUUAAAGACAAUGCAAUGUGUUAUUCAGGACAAUGGCACAUGGGGCACAAAUAUGGAAAGGGUCAUUUGCAAUAUGACAGUGAAGGUAUUUCAUUUUAUGAUGGUGACUGGGUGAAUGAUUUAUUCCAUGGCUGGGGGAAACAAAGGUACCAGAACCGUAAUGAAUAUCAAGGAAUGUGGUUCAAUAACAAGCGACAUAUUGAUGGUACCAUGAAAUGGUUUUCUCCAGAAAAUUCUAAAUGCUCAGAGCUUUAUAAUGGACAAUGGCGUGAAGGCAUACAGCAUGGAUUUGGAGAGCAUAUUUGGAUAACAUAUAGACUGCCAGGAACCCAGUUCAACACACGCAACUCAUACAUUGGGCAAUUUGUGAAUGGAAUGAAACAAGGAAAAGGUACCUUCCAAUAUGCUGAUGGUGCCAAAUAUGAAGGAGAAUGGUAUGAAGAUAUGAAACACGGACAAGCCAAAUUUAUCCAGAGAACAGGUGAAAAUUACAUAGGCAAAUUUGAAAAUAAUCGCUUACCUGCCAACACAAUCAUUCCUGGUUUGCCAUCACUAUUUUAUGGACAGCCUUUUCCUGAAAGUGAUUCUGAAAACAAGCCAGAAAUAAACUUCCUACUGGAUCUAGAGGAAUUAUUGAAGAACUACCCCAAAGUAGACAAGAAACUAGAACUGGGACAGAUUAGCAAAAAUGUAUGGAGACAUAUAUCUUCUUUGAAAGGUAUUUAUGGAUUUUAUUCCCGUAUUGGCUGUGAAGAAAAUGCUGAUAAUGUAUAUCUUAUGCGUAAACUCCAGUAUUGGCGCUUUCUCAAAGAUUGCCAUUUUCAUCAUCAUGGCUACACCCUGAUAGAAAUGGACAGAAUCAUAGAUAAAUUAAAAAACCAUACAAAUAUGCACAACCCUUUCACAAAGAUAUUGCAGAGAGAAUUCAUUGCAAACUUAAUCACCCUCUCUUUUCAUAUUUAUCAUAAGCAGUAUAUGACUGCAAAAAAAAAAUUCAACCAGCCACGUUGUAUGCUUGAUUGGUGCUUUUCUCAGUUGCUUAAAAACAAUGUCUUUCCAUUUGCCUGCCAAGUAAAAGGUCAUUUUUAUGAUGAAUUGCGAAAAGCAAUGAAUGUAUUUGAGCAUAUUGAUAAAGUCUAUCCAAUCUACAAAUCUCUGUGUAAAGAGCAAAAGCACUCAUCUUCUGAUCUAUGUUUUCGAAUGCGAGAUUUUUUGUUUCUUAUCAAAGAUAUGAAUUUAAUUAAUGAAAACUUGACAAUUGAUGUUAUCCUUAAAAUCUUGGCAAAAGAUGAUCCUACAGUUAUACAAGAUGGAUGCUACAACUUGGAACUGGAGAUGACUUUCCUAGAGUUUAUAGAAGCUCUUGUUGGUUGUGCAGAAGUUUAUGUGACAGAAUCCAUUGUGGAAUCAGUAUCUUCCUUCCGCCAGGUCACCUCUUGUGAGUUCGGAGUCAUGACACCAUUUGUACAACAAUAUACUCCAAGUACAGGGAUUAAUAUUGAAUCUUCUUCAACAAAUAUCAUUGGAGCUAAUUUCACACCUGCUUUGUUUCCAGUAGCUAUAACAGAAAUUGGGUCAAGCACACCAGGUGGUAUAUUUGCCAAAUCUCCUUUAUCUGCAACACCUCCACAGGCACAGCAAACUGCAGCUGUCUCUCCUGAUGUUGAAUCUCCUGAUUUGUCACUUUGUGAUAAUAUACAACUUUCCCAAAUAUCAGAUACAAAAAUAAUUGAUAUUACAAAGGUCCCUGAGGUGCAUGUUUCAUUAUCAAAAGAAAAAAUUGAGAAUGAUGUGCCAGUUGAAGAGUAUGGAGAGCCUUCAUCUGAGGAUUUGGACCAAGCAACAAAAAAAUACAAUUUCUGGACACAUCAAAUUCACAUUUUUUUCAUCCAGAAAUUUAUUGGUCCAGCCCAGAAACUCCUGGAACUCCGACAUAUUGCUCGGCUGAAAGCAGCUGAAAAAUUAAAGCAGGCCAGAAUUGAAAGAAGGCGAGCUGCUUUUCUUGCCGAACAUGCAGUAAAAUCAGUCAAAGCUACGCCUACAAGUGAAUCAAGUUCCCCAACAGAAAAUAACAUAGAAGCAGAACAGAGUGAAGCAGGAAUAAUUCCAACGAUGUAG